GCGCGGCGGCGCCGGGCGUGUCGGGCUACACUCGCGCAGCCUGCCCCAGAGUGACAUCCACCCGCGCCGCGCAGCGAGUACCACGGCCGCGGCUCGGAUUCGGGGGAGGCAGAGACUCCGCCCCGGCCUCAGGAACUGGGUGCUCCCGCUCCCUCUCCCCCCCCCGACGACCCAACUCAGGCUAAGAAAUGGCAUUUCAAAAGGCAGUGAAAGGGUCCAUUCUUGUUGGAGGAGGUGCUCUUGCAACUGUUCUUGGCCUCUCUCAGUUUUCUCAUUAUAGAAGAAAGCAAGUGAACCUGGCCUAUGUGAAAGCUGCGGAGAAUGUUUCCGAACCUAUUAACAGGGAGCCUCCUUCCAGAGCAGCUCAGCUUCUGACUUUGCAGAACACAGACGAAUUCGAUAUCCUAAUCAUUGGAGGAGGAGCAACAGGAAGUGGAUGUGCACUUGAUGCUGUCACCAGAGGACUGAAAACAGCCCUUGUAGAAAGAGAUGAUUUCUCAUCAGGGACCAGCAGCAGAAGCACUAAAUUGAUCCAUGGUGGUGUGAGAUAUCUUCAGAAGGCCAUCAUGAAGUUGGAUUUGGAGCAGUAUAGGAUGGUAAAAGAAGCCCUUCACGAGCGUGCCAACCUACUAGAAAUUGCUCCCCAUUUAUCAGCUCCAUUGCCUAUAAUGCUUCCAAUUUAUAAGUGGUGGCAGCUACCUUACUACUGGGUAGGAAUCAAGCUAUAUGAUCUGGUUGCUGGAAGUAAUUGCCUGAAAAGCAGCUAUGUCCUCAGCAAGUCCAGAGCCCUUGAACAUUUCCCAAUGCUUCAGAAGGACAAACUAGUAGGAGCAAUUGUCUACUAUGAUGGACAACACAACGAUGCACGGAUGAACCUUGCCAUUGCUCUCACUGCUGCCAGGUAUGGGGCUGCCACAGCCAAUUAUUUAGAAGUCGUGAGUUUGCUCAAGAAGAAAGACCCCCGCACCGGGGUGGAGCGUGUGAGCGGCGCACGGUGCAAGGAUGUGCUCACAGGGAAGGAAUUUGAUGUGAGAGCCAAAUGUGUUAUCAAUGCUACGGGACCUUUCACAGAUGCCGUCCGCAAAAUGGAUGAUAAGAAUGCAGCAGCUAUCUGCCAGCCUAGUGCGGGGGUCCAUAUUGUCAUGCCUGGCUACUACAGCCCUGAGAGCAUGGGACUUCUUGACCCAGCAACCAGUGAUGGGCGAGUUAUUUUCUUCUUACCCUGGGAAAAGAUGACUAUAGCUGGAACUACUGACUCUCCCACAGAUAUUACAUCCCAUCCUAUUCCUUCAGAAGAAGAUAUCAACUUCAUUUUAAAUGAAGUACGAAACUACCUGAGUUGUGAUGUAGAAGUAAGAAGAGGGGACGUCUUGGCAGCAUGGAGUGGUAUUCGUCCCCUUGUCACAGACCCCAAGUCUGCAGAUACUCAGUCUAUCUCCCGGAAUCAUAUUGUGGAUAUCAGUGAGAGUGGCCUCAUUACUAUAGCAGGUGGAAAGUGGACGACAUAUCGGUCGAUGGCAGAAGAUACAAUCAAUGCUGCUAUCAAGGCUCACAAUUUGAAAGCAGGACCAAGUAGAACAGUUGGACUUUUCCUUCAAGGGGGUAAAGAUUGGAGCCCAACACUCUUUAUUAGGCUUGUGCAGGAUUAUGGACUUGAAAGUGAGGUGGCACAGCAUCUUGCCACCACCUAUGGUGACAGGGCUUUUGAGGUGGCAAAAAUGGCAAGUGUGACUGGGAAAAGGUGGCCGGUUGUUGGAGUACGUCUUGUGUCAGAAUUUCCCUACAUUGAAGCUGAGGUAAAAUAUGGGAUUAAGGAGUAUGCCUGCACUGCAGUGGAUAUAAUUUCACGACGUACUCGCUUGGCCUUUCUGAAUGUCCAGGCUGCAGAGGAAGCCCUACCCAGGAUUGUUGAGCUGAUGGGCAGAGAACUGAAUUGGGAUGAGUCUAAGAAACAGGAAGAACUUGAAACAGCCAGGAAGUUUCUGUAUUAUGAAAUGGGCUAUAAAUCUCGCUCAGAACAGUUAACAGAUCGGUCUGAAAUCAGCCUACGGGCUUCAGACAUUGACAGGUAUAAGAAGAGAUUUCAUAAGUUUGAUGCGGAUCAAAAGGGCUUUAUUACCAUUGUUGAUGUUCAGCGAGUAUUAGAGAGUAUCGAUGUCCAAAUGGAUGAAAAUACACUACAUGAAAUUCUGAAUGAGGUAGAUUUGAACAAAAAUGGACAGGUUGAACUCAAUGAAUUUUUGCAGUUGAUGAGUGCUAUUCAGAAAGGAAGGGUGUCUGGAAGCCGGCUUGCUAUCCUAAUGAAAACCGCAGAAGAAAACCUUGACAAAAGAGUUCCCAUUCCAGUGGAUCGAAGUUGUGGUGGCUUGUGAGUUUGAGCAGUAACAGCCAACAAACAUAGGAACAACAAAUCAUGUAACCAGCAGAGAUGACUUACACCACUCCAAACUAGUGGAUCUGCAUAGCUGCCUUUACAAAAUUAUUUUUUAAACACUGGGAAACAUUCCAAAGCUUCAGGAUGCUGGUGUAUACUCUUGUAUUUGCCAUUCAAUCCAGUUUCUAAAAAUUGCAUUUUACCUUUUUUUCUCAUUUUCAGUACAUCUGGUUUAAUACUGUUUUACAUCCAUUUGAUGAUUUGCUUGACUGGAAAUCCCCAUCUGCACCUU